GCCUACUUCCUCCUUCUGUUCACCUCUCCUUCUCUUUCUUUCUAUGCAGCUAAAGCUCAUGAGAAAAGUCCAAUUUUAAGCUUGGAAGCUGUUUUGCAGUUUGGCUGCAGUAGCUUGUGCUGCCUAGGUGUUGAUGUAUAUCUGAGCAGAAGCUGCAUUCUGCGCUUCCUGGCACUAAUCGGCUUAAAGAAGAAGGAGCGAGCAGCCUGGCGAGAAGGUUUCCGGGUGUGAAUGAGAGCUAGGCAGCUGUAAGAGGCUUUUAACGCCCAAAGCCGCAGCCAUGCCGCCUCCCCCGGACAUCCUGAAGGUGGCCAUUGAGUGGCCAGGGGCCUUCCCCAAACUUAUGGAAAUAGACCAGAAAAAGCCCCUUUCUGCGGUCAUUAAAGAAGUCUGUGAGGGGUGGCAGCUUCCGAACCAUGAAGGCUACGCCCUGCAGAACGCCGACUCCACUAACUUCUACAUCACUGAAAAGAAUCGCAACAACAUAAAAAAUGGCUCCAUCCUGCGCCUUACCACGUCUCCUGCCCAGAUGGCAUUGCAGCUGUACGAGCGCAUCCAAACCGGCAGUCUGGAUUUGAAACUGGACGCCCUGAAGGACUUGGCCAACUCAUCCCGAGACAUUACCUUCGCCCAGGAGUUCAUCAACCUGGACGGCAUCUCGCUGCUCACCCAGAUGGUAGAGAGUGGCACCGAACGGUAUCAGAAACUGCAGAAGAUGAUGAAGCCCUGCUUCGGAGAGAUACUGUCUUACACGUUGACUGCCUUCGUGGAACUCAUGGACCAUGGCAUCAUCUCGUGGGAUACGUUCUCAGUGGCCUUCAUCAAGAAGAUUGCAAGUUUUGUGUGCAAGACAUCCACAGACUCGGCAGUACUGCAGAGAUCACUGGCCAUCCUGGAGUCUAUGGUGCUCAACAGUCAGGACCUGUACCAGAAGGUGGCGCAGGAGAUCACUAUUGGCCAGCUCAUGCCUCAUCUUCAAGGGACGGAUCAGGAUAUUCAGACUUACACUAUCGCAGUGAUUAAUGCGCUCUUCCUGAAAGCCCCCGAGGACAAGAGACAGGAGAUGGCUCACAUUCUGGCACAGAAGCAGUUGCGCAACAUUAUCCUUACUAAUGUAAUCAGGAGCUCCAAGCCCAUUAAUGACGAGAUGGCCCACCAGCUUUAUAUGCUGCAAGUGCUGACCUUUAAUCUUUUGGAGGAUCGCAUGAUGACCAAGAUGGACCCUCAGGACCAGGCUCAGAGAGACAUCAUCUUUGAGCUGCGCCGGAUCGCUUUUGAUGUCGAGUGCGAAACCAGCAGCAGCGGCAGUAUUGAAAAGCGCAGGUCCAUGUACACCAGAGACUACAAGAAGCUAGGUUUCAUCAAUCAUGUGAACCCGGCAGUGGAUUUCACACAGAUUCCUCCGGGGAUGUUGGCUCUGGAUAAUAUGCUGUAUUUUGCCAGACAACACCAGGAUUCCUACAUCAGGAUCGUCCUGGAGAACAGCAGUCGUGAAGACAAGCACGAGUGUCCGUUCGGCCGCAGCAGUAUCGAGCUUACCAAAAUGCUGUGCGAGAUCCUCAAAGUAGGAGAACUGCCCAGUGAGAACUGCCAUGACUUCCACCCCAUGUUCUUCACUAAUGACCACUCUUUUGAGGAGUUCUUCUGCAUCUGCAUCCAGCUGCUCAACAAAACCUGGAAAGAGAUGAGAGCCACGUCGGAAGACUUUAACAAAGUGAUGCAGGUGGUGAGGGAACAGAUCACUCGUGCUCUGACGAACAAGCCUAACUCUCUGGAUCAGUUCAAGACCCGCCUGCAGAACCUGAGCUACACCGAGAUCCUCAAGAUCAGACAGUCGGAGAGAAUGAACCAGGAGGACUUCCAGUCUCGGCCCAUUCUGGAGCUGAGGGAGAAGAUCCAGCCUGAAAUCAUGGAGUUGAUCAAACAGCAGCGUCUCAACCGCUUAUGCGAAGGCACAUGCUUCAGGAAGAUCAGCAGCCGCAGGAGACAGGAUAAGUUCUGGUAUUGUCGAUUGUCACCAAAUCAUAAAGUACUCCACUAUGGGGACCUGGAGGAGAGUCCUCAGGGAGAGGUACCUCACGAUUCUCUACAAGACAAAUUGCCCGUGGCUGAUAUCAAAGCUGUUGUCACCGGUAAGGACUGUCCACACAUGAAGGAGAAGGGAGCCCUGAAGCAGAACAAGGAAGUGCUGGAGUUGGCCUUUUCUAUCCUCUAUGAGUCUGAUGAGUAUUUAAACUUCAUUGCUCCUGACAAGCAUGAGUACUGUGUGUGGACAGAUGGGCUGAACGCUCUUUUGGGAAAGGAGAUGACCAGUGAAUUCACUCGCUCAGACUUGGACACUCUUCUGAACAUGGAGAUGAAGCUCCGCCUCCUGGACCUGGAGAACAUCCAGAUUCCAGAGGCCCCACCCCCUAUCCCAAAAGAACCUAGUAAUUAUGACUUUGUCUAUGACUGCAACUAAAGCCCUCCACUGGACCAAGUUAUUUUUUUUUACAUGCAGACUGGAAGAAAGAACAAAACUUUUAGGAAAAAAAACAAACAAAAGGAUCGAUUUUUUCUUUCUUUCUUUCUUUCGCUUAAUUCUUUUCUUUUUAAAUUGCAUUAUUUCCCGGUGAGUUUAUCGAACUCACAGUUUGCUCUUCGGUUGUCUCUUCGGUUAUGUCCCAUAUCCCACCUGCACCUCUUUAAAAAAAAAAAAAACUUUGGCUAACUUUGCGGUAACUACACACACCAGGGUUAACUCUGGCUCAUGUACACUGUCAUAAUGCUUGUCCUUUCCGUUUUUAUUACCAUCCAUCCUGUUUGAGGUGAGAGCCCCGCUGAUGAGUGUGUGCAGAGCCUGGGGACUUUGGCUUUUAGCACAUCCUGCAGCAGACGUCUGACUCACACAGGCGGCAGCUAACAGCACAGAAAAGGCAGCGUAAGUGGCAUUAGUGUAAGUGUCCAAGUCCAUCGGCAUCAGCGCGUUCUGUCGAUGCUUCUCAAACGAUAGACUGUUAACUGAACUCCUGUCUCAUAUUAGCCCUGAUCUGAGUCUGUCCUUCCUUCAGUGGUCUAGCCAGCCUGUGGGACUGUAACCUGAAAAUUCAAAUCCAAAUCCAACGCUUGCUUCUACCUGAUACCCACCAGACUUGUGGUAGACUGCUGUAACAUUCCAAAGCAAUAUAUUGAGCUUCUGUUUUUGUAACAUGGUGUAAACUUUAGUGAUAUUUGUGCAGCCAAGUAGUCAGUAUCAUUUGUGUCAGUUAAACGAUUUUUUAGGAACACGAGAUAGAUUUGAUCAUUGAUGUUAAUUUAAGUUAAAUGAUAAAUACUCUCACUGUUUUAUCCUCCUGAAUUAUUUUUUUAUCCUUUCAGAUGUUUAUGUAUUUUAGAGCCCCACACCAUGCUGUUUACAUUAAAGAUCAAUUCCAACUCA